AUGGUAGCUACAGAGUCCGAUUAUGCACUUCUCGAAUCGAUUCGCCGACACUUGCUCGGUGAACCAAUCCCCACCACCUCUACUUUUUCCUCCAGCCCCGCCUACCGCCGGCUCCCUAGUUUCGGCACCGUGUACCCUUGUUUGACGGAGAAUUGGGGCGAAUUACCCCUGAAGAUGGACGAUUCGGAAGACAUGCUGCUUUUCGGCGUUCCUCGUGACGCCUUCCACGACGGGUGGGUCGUCCCGAAUUCGGAUUUCUCGCCGACGGCGGAGGUGACGGCGACCCUUCCACCGGUGAAAUUGGAGCCGCCGCCGACACCGGCGGUGGUGCCGCCGAAGGGGAAGCACUACAGGGGAGUGAGGCAGAGGCCUUGGGGGAAGUUCGCGGCCGAGAUCCGCGACCCGGCCAAAAACGGGGCGCGGGUCUGGUUGGGUACUUUCGAGACGGCCGAGGAUGCGGCUCUGGCUUACGACAGAGCCGCGUACCGGAUGCGGGGCUCCAGGGCGCUGCUGAAUUUCCCCUUGAGGGUGAAUUCGGGUGAGCCCGACCCGGUUCGAAUUACGUCGAAGCGCUCGUCGCCCGAGCCAUCAUCGUCGUCCGGGUCGGAUAGCGGGUCGCCGAAGACUAAUAAGAGGAGGAAAAAGGGCGGCGUUGUUAACGGGUCGGGUGACGGGGCUCUGGUUUCUGUUGCUACGCAAGUGCCUGUCCAGGUCGGGUCGGAUAUGGGUAAUGCCGGUGGUUUUGGAUAUCAAGUGACAGUCUGCACACGUGGCGGGCAGCUAUUGGCUGCCUGA